AUGCGCUGUUUCUGUUGUCAGUUCCUGUUUUCGGUGUUGGUGUCGAUCACACCAAGUGUUGGUCAUCCUAUUGCUGGUUUCGAGGACGCGGCGGCCGUGGCGGCAGCGGAGGAGAAUCUUCGACUCUGUCAAGGGGGAUCCGAUAACGCCAGGCACGUGACGCUGUUCACGUCCGGCUUCGGUAGCCAGGAGUCCUGGAAGUAUGAGACGGUGGAGAAGGAGGUCAUCCUACAGGUUGUCCUCGAGCGCUUGGGCGACAGGAUUUAUGGGAAGGAGUUCAGUUGCGGCAAGGGCUACGGCCACGAACAGUGGUACUCUCGGGUCGCGCAUUACGUCAAGAUCGAGCUGGCCAAGAACAAGGUUUACAUGCAGACCCACGGAUCUCUUCUGGAAGAACGCUUCGCGAGGGCGGAGAUGCAACACCUCAGGGACUGGUUCGUCGCGCAGAAGGGGAAUUACACCGCAGCCAUGAAGAAGAAAGGCACGGGCUCGGAAGGAGGCCGGAUUCAGAGGUCUCCUAACAAAUUCCAGCAGCUGAGGGCCCACAUCUUCUCCGGCAACGCUGCUGCGAACAAGCGGAAGUUUAUGCGGGAGGUUGUCAAUGUUGAGAACGGGAAGCGCCCUAAGGUUGCGCCUGCAGAUGCCGGUGGUGCGGCUGGUGCCUCGGGUGGUGGCGCCAGCAGUGGUCAGGGUGGGGGAAAGGGGAAGGGAAAACGGCGCAAGAUGGCUAGAGCUAACGGCGGAGGUCGCGACACGAGCGGGGAAUCCCAAGCGCCCGGUGGCGACGACGCGGCGGGGGAAGGCAGCGGCGGGGGAAAAAAGAAAAGUCGUCGGAAGGCAGCACCGGUGGCGAUGGAGGAGGAUAACCAGGAGGAUCCCCCGAUGGACGUAGGCGGAGAUGACUGGGCCCCCUCGGAAUCGGAGGACAAAGAGGAACUGCGCAGCCGAGGGGGGGCUGGUGGAGAGGGCGGUAUGUCUGACGGCGACUUGGAAGACGUGGCUGACGACAGCUCACCAGACGUGGUGGAAGUAAAGCGUAAGGGUCGCCGCAGGAAAUCCGAGAAGUUCGAUCCGAAAAGUUUCCAGCUCGAGGCAAGGAAGGAGAGAGACGAACGUGACAAAGCGUUCACGGCCACCAUGCUACAAGGUGUAGGAAUGACCCUCGGCGGGCGUGGGCAGAAGGACGGGUCAGGCGCCGCCGAUAGUGCCGGUGGUGCGUCUGGCGUGGAUCAUGGGAAGAUGGAGACUUCGGAGAAAUCAGUUUCCCUGCUCAGAAACAGUUUGCAAGACUCGAUUUUGGCCGCAAAGGAAGGGUACGGCAGUCAGGCCGCAGUAAAAAACAAGAACAAGCUAUACCAAGAAGCCGUUGCCCGGCAGGAGGCCUUGAUCUCCGGAGUCGACGAUGGGUGA